GUGUGUGACAUGUGUUACUGCAUGCCUCUGACUGCAGCCGCCAUGGUGUCAGGAGCUACUGCUGCUGGUGUGCUCUGCUGUGUGCUGCACAUCGUAGCCGCACGCCUCCGCACACCACCCGCUCUGGCAGCCUACUACGUUUUCUGGGACGGCGGUAUUAAGGACUGUGAUGGCUUCAAGAACGAAGCGUUCGACCUCUCGGCUCUCCGAGUGGAGAAGAAGAGCAAAACCGAUCUGGCUUUAGUGGGCGACGUUAACUUCAAGAUAAACACUUCGAAGCCCCUGGGGUUCAAAUGUAUAGUGUCGAAGAAAGUGAACGACAAUUUCGAGUUCUUCAUGAAGUUCGAGAAGAAGAAUCUGUGCCGUCACGUUGGCGAGAAAGGAAAGCCCUGGAGCCCAUUCUUUCAGGAAAUGAACGUUUCUAAUUGUCCUAUUCCUAAGAAAAUUUACAACUUUAAGGACUCCCACUUUGAUACAGCUUCUGUGCCCUUGACUAUCGCUAACAAAGGCAGCUAUAGAGGCCGACUGGAGUUCUACGAAGAAGGAACAAUGGUGGCCUGCUUCUUGGCGGAAGCUACAGUUCAGGCUGAAUAAACUGUAUCACACUUGUUUAUAUCUCCAUAGCUUUUUUUACUCUAUUUGAGGAGUUUCUAUAGUGCUUCCGAUGAAGGAUUUGUUCUGUUGUCAAUAAAC